UUUUACUUUGCUUAGCGCUUUGGCGUGUCUUUUGCGAGUUCUUUCUUGUGUUGUAGUUUGUGUGACGUGUAUGUUUUUCGGUUAGGAGUUAAAUUAAAAAAAAAAGCACCUCGUGGGAAAUGGGAGAUCCGUUCGGAUCAAGUGACUAUAGCGGUGGCGGUGGUUACUCGGCUCAAUACUCUGUACCACCACCUCAAAUGCCCGCAGGAGAUAAUAACUACGGCUCAGGAGGCCAAACCGGAUACAAUUAUUCCAGCCAGUCUUCUGGUCAGGAAUGGAACCAACAAAACUCCGGUGGAAAUUCAUAUGGCAGCAGCCAGCCGGGAAACAAUUACAACGCAGGCUAUGGAUCAAGCUAUGGCAGUGGGGGUUAUGAUCAAAAUAACUCUAGCAGUUACAAUGUCAGCGGAGGUGAUCGCGGUGGCAACAACUACAGUGGUAAUGGGGACAGAGCGGGAUCUAACUAUGGAGGAAGCCGAGGUGGAAGUAACUACUCCAGCAGUGACCGAGGGGGAUUUGGAGGUGGGGAUAGAUCGAGCUACAGUCGAGAUGGCGGAAACCGAGAUGGAGGUUAUGGGUAA